UUUUCUUCUUUCAUAUAUCUCUCCACUCCACUCUCCAUAACUCACAAGAACAAAAAAGAAUCAAAACAAAGGUGUGUUAUUAUUCUUAAUUUUUUUUUUUUUUUGUGUAGAUGAUGUUAGGGAAAAGAGGACGUCCACCGAUGAGGAGAACAACAAGCAUGACAGGGAUCACCUUUGAUUUAGGGACUGCCAGUGAACAAGAACCGCCUGAUUAUAAUCCUAAAGAUGAUAUGGUUGAUGACAUUAAGGGUGGAUAUGAUUAUCAUGAACAUGAAUAUGAUUCUGUGCCGUUGAUGGUGUCACCAAGAUACCAAAAGAGAGUUUCAGGUGAAGGUUUUAAAAGAGAGACGAGUAGUUUCUUGAGAAGUUGUGGUCUUUGUAACCGCAGGUUGGGUCCUGGACGAGACAUCUACAUGUACAGGGGUGAGACAGCAUUUUGUAGCAUGGAGUGUAGGGAAGAACAAAUGAAGGAAGACGAAAGAAAAGAUAAGUCCAAUAUUAAGCCUAAUUCAAGAAGUACAGCAAACCAUCACUCUGAAUUUCCCUCUGCUACUACCUCUGAAUCUUCCAGCAAUGGCAAAACCGUUGCAGCAGCUUGAAGGAAUGAAGAAGAGAAAGAAAAAGCUAUGUAAAUGAAAGAAAAUAGCCAUGAAGAGUUAAAAUGCAUGUACGUAUGCACAGGAUGUUAAGGUCUAUCUAUGCUUGUGUAAGGCACAAUGAUUUGGUUUUAGGGGUUGUGAGUUUUACUUAUACAUAUGUGGCUUCAGUGAUUUCCAAUGUACAUUGGAACUUGGAAGUGGACUAAAAAUUCGUAAAGAAAAAAAUGGAGCUGAAAAUAGUGUGAAUUUAUAAGUUUUAUGCUAAGAAAUGUGUUUCCUGGA